UCUGAGGUUUUUUAUUAUCAUGAGGAUGAUGAUCAGGCAUCUCAAUAUCCAUCCCUUUUUGGUUUAAUUUCUAAUUCUUCAUCUAGACUAGAAUCUUUUUACUUCAUCUCCCUGUUAGUUUUGUUGUACAAGAAAGAUAUGUUGAGGUUGUGGAAAUGGUACCAGAAUUGCUUGGCAAUCCACCCAGUGAAGACACAGGUUUUAAGCUCAGGCUUGAUUUGGGGUUUUGGAGAUAUAGCUGCUCAAACCAUAACUCACUCAACUGCCAAGAAACACCAUCAUCUUCAGGAAAAGGAUAAAGAAUUAAAUAUCAAUUGGAAACGAGUGGCGACAACAAGCUUGUUUGGGUUUGGAUUUGUUGGACCAGUUGGUCAUUACUGGUAUGAAGGUUUGGACCGAUAUAUAAGGUUGCGACUUCGUCUACAACCAAAUUCUUUUCGUUUUGUGGCUACCAAAGUUGCAAUUGAUGGGUUCAUCUUUGGGCCAUUGGAUUUACUUGUGUUUUUUACUUACAUGGGAUUUUCUGCUGGAAAGAAUGUCCCCCAAAUCAAGAAAGAUGUAAAGAGGGAUUUUGUCCCUGCCUUAAUUCUUGAAGGAGGUCUAUGGCCAGUUCUUCAAGUUGCAAAUUUUCGAUAUAUACCAGUGAGGUACCAACUUCUAUACGUUAACUUCUUCUGCUUGUUGGAUAGCUGUUUCUUGUCUUGGAUUGAGCAACAAGAGGAUGCUCCUUGGAAGCAAUGGCUGAAUUCUUUGAUGGCUUCAAAGCAGAAAAGUGAUCAGGAUGGAUGAAUGAUUGAAUUUGAAUGUUCAUGCAUUGAAGUACUUGGCAUCAUAGUGCAAAUACAUGGUAAAAGAUUAUACAUUACUGAGAAUGCAAAAGUUUAUGGUUUUGAUAGCAGGGCUUUGGCUAGCUUUCAGGUUUUUUUUACCCCUUUGGAUAUGAGGAAAGUCGGUGAUCAUUGUUAUUCUCUAUCCACAUGAUAAAAGAUUUUGAUAAUUCUCUUUGCUAGUGAGAUAUUAAUUGGGUUUUGUUGCUCUUGCCUGGUUCCAUUUCGGCAUGCUUACUUUCUAGUCUUGGACUAGCAGCAAGACAUUCACUGACCUCAGUGUACUAAAUCUCAGUCUCAUACAACAUGAAUUCCAUUCCUGUGUUUAUAAUCAUACA